UUCACUCCAUGAUCGUCUUUUCGCAUCAGUAUUAAGAAUGGCCAGUGAAUGCGGUGACAAUAAACAAGUUGAUAUUACUGAUGUAGAUUCAAAUGUUGACAUGGAAGCAUCCACCAACAAAAUAGAAGGUCAACAUUGUAGAAAAAUGGACUUUAUGGAACAAUUGUCAUGUUCACUUGAAGGAAGUGGAACAAAUGUUUCAAUGCCUUUUGUUGUGGAAUCCAAAUAUCCACUGACAGAAGACAUACUGAGAAAAUCAGCCAUUUUGUUGAGUAGGCGCCAUCCUUUGCUUCGAUCGAAGGUGAUUAAGGAAACCAAAGCUGGAUCAUCGAAGAUUGAACUGUUUUUUGGCCCGAUGGAUGAAAAGGAUGUGGUUGAUAUCAGGACGGUGGAUCAAAUUGAUUGGGCUGAUACACAAGCUGCAGAUGGGACAAUAUUACAUAAUUGCGAAACAGGACCAUUGUGGCGUAUCUGGUUUAUGAAGAGCAUUGAAAUAUCGAAAGAAGAAAGCGAAUUUGGCCAUCAAUACAGAACCAAUCUUGUACUUGGCAUACAUCAUGGUAUAAUGGAUGGGAAUUCUGGAGUACGGUUGAUUGACGAUCUACUCACUUUCCUUGGAAUGGUUCAUGAUAAUCCUGAUGAUCUGCCCAGUGUGGAGAGUCUUCCAUUGAUACCAGGUUGUUACGACUUGAUGCCACCACGGUCAAUUACUUUGCCAUGGUACAAAAUAUACAAGUUGAUUGCGAUGGGAUUGAAGGGAAUGACAUCAUCAAAACAGAAUAUGUAUGCGAAGUACAACAAAGAGUCACUUGACAGUAGAAGUGAUUGUGAACGACAAGUACAUAUACAUCCCCUGAUUUUUGAUAGAGCUUUAACAUCAAAGAUUGUCAGUCAAUGUAGAAAAAAUGGAGUCACUGUAAAUUCAAUGUUUAUGGUUGCAUCGGCCAUUGCAGCUGCUAAGUUUAUUCUAGGUGAUAAUGCCCGUCCUGGAAAGAAAUACUGCAUGCCUGCACUCUUUGCUGUGAACAUGAGACGAUUUCUCCCGCAACAUCCGGGUGACAACCAUAUCUCUGGUUUCUUCUCUAAUACCGGAUGUGAUUUUAAAGUUCCAGUAGUUGUCACACCCGAAGAAUACUGGAAAAUCACUAAAGCCUACCAUCGCAAUUUACUCUCUCGUAUAACAAAUGAUUCACUUCUAAUGGCCAAAAUCAUUAAUUUUCUCGUUAGCGUAGGCGUUGACCCUAUUAAGAAGAUGAUGGGCGAUCUAAAGAAAACGCCUUAUGGUCUAAUGCCAAGCACCUACUACAUGUCAAACGUGGGUAGGUGUGAUUUUGUAACGAAAGAAAAUGGCCGCCCGUUUGAGCUUUCCCAGGUUUACAUGUGUGUUUCGAUGAUUGACUAUUCACCUUUGUUUGUUCACAACAUAUUUUCCAUUCAUGGAAAGAUAUUGUGGGGAAUUAUACACUGUAAUCGCAUCAUGGGCGUAGAGAGUGUUAAGCAAUAUGCUGAUUCUAUAAGGGAGAUCAUAACUAUGGUAUGUAAAGACAGUGAAUAGAGUAUAAUAUAUCAUACUUUUGGAUUUGCAUCAAUUCACCGUUUACAACUAUACGAUAUAUGCUCUACUAUUAUAUAAUCUAAAAGUAGAUGUACGCAUUGUGUUUUGUAUUCUGGCAAACAUGUGAAUUCAAUUUUCUUGAAUGGCGUAUACAUGUGCCAUCCCUAUUACUAUUUUGGAUGGAGUCAUCACUAUUACACUUUGUACAUACUUUUAUUUUACAAACAAUAUAUAUUCGGGCAAACAACACAGGUUCCUGUAUAUUAUAUCUCUCACAGUCAAUAAUAAUCCAACGUUUGAGACAAUUACAGUGUUCCGAUUGUGGGUUAUUGUUUUUUUGAAAUAACGUAAUCAAGUAUGCAAUUUUCACAUCUACGUGUUACUCAGCAAUCACGUGUAAUCCCAUUUAGUCUACUUAUACCGUUAAUUUUAAUUGUUAACACAUACCUAUUGUUGUUGUUGUUGUUGCAAACUCUAGUCAUGCUCAAAAUAAAACUCAGGCAGUUGAUCAAAUGAAAUGAAGUUUUAAUUUUUAGUUAGUGUUGAAUAGAUACAAUUAUCAUGUUUGCAUUCAAUGUUCGUAAUGUAAUAAUCAAGACUGUCCACACUCGUACACCAAAACCAUAGUCAUUUAUUUUCUUGUAUUUCACAAUGAAAAUAGCAUUUGAAUAUAUGUUAUAUAUAGCUAUGUAUUCAGUUUAAAAAAAAAUACAUUUACCAUUGAAAAUAAAAAAAAAACAGUA